AUGAAGUCCUUCAUCGCCGCAGCAUCCCUCGCCGCCCUCGCAGCCGCCUCCCCAGUUCCCCAAGCCGGCACAACAGAGCCCCUCCGCUUCGGCGGCCUGGCCCUCCGCUCCGCCUCCCCCAUCCACUUCGGCUCCAUCAACGCCAACAGCGGCGCCUUGUACAUCGGCAAGAACACCACAACCUACUGCCCCGAAGACUCCGUCGCCGGCUCCACAGGCGCCUGCACAUCCGCCAACACCAACCAGACCAUCUUCUCCUACCUCAACGGCCAGGGAACCCUCUCGCUCUCCACGAUGGUGCCAGGCGGUCAGCAGGUUUAUGUCACUGUGGGAGACGAGGCGACGGGUCAGCUUGCCGGGCAGUUGAAGUUUACACCGGCGCACUCUGCGAUGACAUCCGGUCCAGCACUUACGGAGGGAUUCGCGAUCGCAUACGACGCGAAGUUCCAGUUUGAGGGCCAGGAUUGGUUUGCUUGCCCGGUGGAUGAGUUCAACUCUGGGUACGGGAUCUGGUCUGUUGCGAGAGUUGGGGGUAGCAACGCUGGCGAGGGCUGCUUGGGUUUUACCUGGAGAGUUGUGCAGGUUGGUGAUGAGACUGCUUCGGCUUGGCAGUACCAGUAA